UUUUGACAUACAAACACACAUAUUCUAUCAUGUCAUUUUAAUAUUCAUCAAUACUAAAUUUUUACAAUAAUAAUAUGGCAAACCCAUUAAAGGCACUUAAUGAACAUUUUCUAUACAACUAUAGGGUAGCUAAAGCAAUACAACAAUUAUUACAUCCCAGUGAACGACAAACCAUUUCCAUAUGGUUCGACAAAUUACUUGAAAUGGAUAAAAACAUGGAAGAGAUGCUUAUUCGGAGUGACUAUAUGUGGUUUAUACUGCUUAUGAUGCAAAGCAGAAAAAUACGAGAUCCUUUCAUGACACUUCCUCCAACAAACUUGGCACCCCUAAAGAAAUUUGUGCCACUGCAUGUGUACGAAGAUGUUUUAAUAUCCCAUGAACCUAAUGUGAAAGGAGUAGCACCAAGCAUUAGCGAAGAUCCAAUUUUUGCAACAGCAUCCACGAGAGAUAUAUCUUGUUGACCGAUCCACUUGUAAUAUUUUACUGCUUAUUGUAUAAAACAUAGUAAAAGCUUAAUAAUU